AUGGUGAAUGUGGUCAGUCCCCGCUGCCAGGCGCCCGGCUGCACCACGUAUCCCAUCUUCAACAUCGAGGGGGAGGCCAAGGGCAUCUUCUGCAAGGCGCACGCUGCGCCAGGCAUGGUGAAUGUGGUCAGUCCCCGCUGCCAGGCGCCCGGCUGCACCAUGCGUCCCAACUUCAACUUUGAGGGCGAGACUAAGGGCAUUUUUUGCAAGGCGCACGCUUCGCCAGGCAUGGUGUGCAUUCCUUACGUGCGGCGGCGGCAGCGGCCUACUACCGCAUGA